GAAGCUCCAGUGGCUUGGAAUGGGCGGCGGCUGCAGUUAAGGGGAACCGAACGAGAACCCGGGGUUUACGCAGCUAGAAAGACUGCCAGGAACUGACAGUCCCCACAGAGUCCCGGCCCAGUGUUCCGCGGGAGGAACCGGAAGAGGAAGUCGGGGCUGCACCCUAGAGGUCCGGGUGCCGCCAGCGCAGCCUGCGCCUAGCUGCCCGCCGGUGGGAUGGGGUUGCUGCACUCGCUGCACGCUCCCGCUGCUGCCCUGCUGUGGAGCUGCCUGCUCGGACUGACAACUGCUCAGGAAGCCAUCCUUCAUGCAUCUGCAAAUGGCGUAUCUUCACUUUCCAAGGACUACUGCAUGUAUUAUAACAACAACUGGACACGGCUUCCAAGUUCCCUAGAAAAUGCAACUUCUCUUAGCUUGAUGAAUCUGACUGGCACACCACUGUGCCACCUUUCUGAUAUUCCUCCUGAUGGCAUAAAGAACAAGGCAGUGGUGGUACACUGGGGACCCUGCCAUUUUCUUGAAAAAGCCAAAAUUGCACAGGAAGGUGGUGCUGCAGCGUUGCUGAUUGCCAACAACAGUGUCCUAAUUCCUUCCUCAAGGAACAAAUCUGCAUUUCAAAAUGUGACUAUACUAAUUGCAGUUAUAAUCCAAAAAGACUUUAAUGAUAUGAAAGAGACUCUUGGAGAUGACAUUACCGUGAAAAUGUAUUCUCCAUCCUGGCCUAACUUUGACUAUACUCUGGUGGUCAUUUUUGUAAUUGCUGUGUUCACUGUGGCAUUAGGAGGAUACUGGAGUGGACUUAUUGAAUUGGAAAACAUGAAGGCAGUGGAAGAUGCUGAAGAUAGAGAGGCAAGGAAAAAGAAGGAAGACUACUUAACAUUCAGUCCUCUCACGGUUGUCCUGUUCGUGGUCAUCUGCUGUGUAAUGAUUGUCUUACUGUAUUUCUUCUACAAGUGGCUUGUUUAUGUUAUGAUAGCAAUUUUCUGCAUAGCAUCAGCAAUGAGCUUGUACAACUGUCUCGCUGCAUUGAUUCAUCGGAUGCCAUGUGGACAGUGCACGAUUUUGUGUUGUGGCAAAAACAUUAAAGUGAGCCUGAUUUUCCUUUCUGGACUGUGCAUCUCAGUUGCUGUUGUGUGGGCUGUGUUUCGAAAUGAGGACAGGUGGGCUUGGAUUUUACAGGAUAUCUUAGGAAUUGCUUUCUGUCUCAACUUAAUUAAAACAAUGAAGUUACCCAAUUUCAUGUCAUGUGUGAUACUGCUAGGCCUUCUCCUCAUCUACGACGUGUUCUUUGUCUUCAUAACACCAUUCAUCACAAAGAAUGGAGAGAGCAUCAUGGUGGAACUUGCUGCUGGGCCUUUCGAGAAUGCUGAAAAGUUGCCAGUAGUUAUCAGGGUGCCAAAGCUCAUGGGUUACUCAGUCAUGAGUGUGUGCUCAGUGCCCGUUUCAGUGCUGGGGUUCGGAGAUAUCAUUGUUCCAGGUCUGUUGAUUGCAUAUUGUAGAAGAUUUGAUGUUCAGACUGGUUCUUCUAUAUACUAUAUAUCAUCUAUAAUUGCCUAUGGUGUUGGCAUGAUAAUUACCUUUGUGGUCCUAAUGGUGAUGAAGACAGGACAGCCCGCUCUCCUCUAUUUAGUACCUUGUACACUUAUUACUGCCUCAGUCGUUGCCUGGAGUCGUAAGGAAAUGAAAAAGUUCUGGAAAGGUAGCAGCUACCAGGUGAUGGACUACCUGGACUAUUCAACAAAUGAAGAAAACCCAGCAGCUACUGACGAGCAGAUUGUACAACAGUAAUACGUGGACUUACAAUGAUGUGUUUUUGAUUUUCUACAAAUAGAUUUUGGCCUUUUUUGUCUUUUUUUCUUUUUCUUUUUUGCUCUUGGUGACAAGAGUCAGGACUGGAGUUCAAUCCCCUGCCUCUGCCUCCCAAAGGUUUGGGACUAUAGCUGGGUAACACCACACCCAGCAAGAUUUGAGUCAAAGUUUGGAUUGAAAACUGGGAACAUUUACAGCGAUGUUUGCAAACCCGUAUAUUUUUAUGAGCUGGUGAAAUCCCAUGCUACAUAGUGAAAUGCAUUUUCUUUUAAUUAUGUUAAAGUUGUGCCUUCACAAUCAGUUAAAAACAUAGGGUUUAUGUAGUUUCCAAAAUGUAUUAUAUACAUUAUAUUUUUCUAAAAAAGAAAAAAAAAAGCUACCCUGACCUUCCUUUGUACUUUUCUUACUGAAAUAUUUCUCCAAAUUCUAAGGAUAGAUCAUGUAAUUGUCAUAGCAAGUUUCUGUUUUUGUUAAAGAUUUAUGCAAUUUUUUUUUUUUUUGGUUCUUUUUUUUCGGAGCUGGGGACCGAACCCAGGGCCUUGCACUUCCUAGGCAAGCGCUCUACCACUGAGCUAAAUCCCAACCCCGAUUUAUGCAAUUCUUAACCCCUCUACAGAAAUAAAUACUUAAGACUGCAAGAAGGCAGUUCAGCAGUGAACAUUAGUCUAAGUUUUUAAAAACUUGUAACUCCCUUUUAAACCUGAGGACCUAAAUUACUUCAUCUGCAUACACAUAUCGUUAGACUAAUUUUUAGAUAGGAGGACACAAAAGCUGAACCUAGUUUCUGCCGGUACAUGGUUUAUAUGAAGAUACUCAUUAAACUUCUGCAUUUACUUUUAAGUUUCAUUUUUUUUCUGAUCUUUGAUUCCAUUGAUUAGGUAAGAUUUCUUCUUUUGAAUGUUUUUCUUAUGUGACCAGAUAUAGCGUAUUACUUGCCUUGCCAUCCUGACAAUCCCCACAUCACCACUGACCCCUGAGUUCCAGCACAUUUGUAUAAGUGAGCGCUGCCAAAAGCAAGCAUACUUUUUUCAUCCCUUGUCUCACCUCCAAGAUGAGUGGUCAGAGCAGUUAAUCACUUUGCUAGCUUGCAACCUGGAAAAAAAAUAUUUCCUUCUGGUUCUUUGCAAAAUCUCAGGUGUUUUUCUAGAAAUUAGAGGUGAAAAUUAUUUUUCAGUUUUUUUCUUUUUUAAUUUCUCUAAAGAAAGUACCAGGUGACAAGUCAUUGCAGAAGUUCAGGAUUUUGUAUUUCUGUGUAAAUCUUGCUGCACAGGAGAUGUGAGCAAGUCCAGCCUUCCAUGUUAAGGCUGAUUCAGCUUUUCAAAGUAAAAGGAGUAUUGAAAUGGGUUAGACCUUUGAGAUUUGAACUAAAGUUCACAUUAAAUGCUUCUUGUUUAAUUGUUAACUUUUACCAAGUAAGUGACAAAUAAGAGGGACUGCCAGCCCCUUCAUUCUUCUAGGUACAGGUGUGGGGUCUUUUGUUUACAGAAAAGAUCUGUCUGGAGGAGAUAAGUGCCAUUUACACUUCUAACUGUGCUUUCACUUAAAAUGUCAGUAAACACCUGCCAGACACAGCUGUUAGGAAAACAUCUGCAUUCUCUUCAAGUCGAUGUUCAAAAGCACCAGUUACAAUCUUACAAAGAACGCUAAUGGAAAUUAUUCUUUCUAAAACCACAUUGAAAUAAAACAAUUUCUCAAAAUAAUUUGGUUUUAUUAAUCUGUAGCUAAUUCUUAAUUAUCUAAUCUAAACUUCUGCUCCAGGAAAACAUGAACACAUCUGCAAAUCUGAAUUCUGACUUAUUUGAAACACUUUCUAUUUUACCCAACCAUCAUAUUGUUGUAAUUAAAGUCUUAUAUGUGGGCUGGAGUGUAGCUCAGUGUUUGAGUACUUGCCUGCCAUCUUCAAAUUGCCUUCCCCAGCACUGCCAUUGAAACAACUUACUAAGUAACUAUAAAUAACAGAAAGGGGCUCUUAGCUUCUACCUCUACCCUCACCCCAGCCAAUUUCCAAAAAAAUAAAUAAUAAAUAAAUAAAUAAAUAAAAACAGAAAGAAUUUCCCUCCUAGCAACACAGUUGAAAAGAUCUUCAUAGAGAAAAUAUAAUACAGAAAUACUUUGUCUUGGAAAUCAAAAUGAAUAGAUACCAGAGUUGAAAAUUUGGCUCUGAAAAUGUGUUAUCUCUUCCUUUCUUGUUAACCUAACACCAAUAACUUUUAAGAGGUAGAGAAGAUGGAAUUUUUCCCCCUUGAACAUGAUUUUAAAACAAAGUAUAUUGUAUUUAUUAGUACUUAUUGCAAAAUAAAAUACUUUCUAGAAAGUUCCACACUUGUGGCUUAUCGAAUAGAAAUCACUGAUCUGUUUGUUUGUCUGUUUGUUUUUAAGACAGGGUCUCUCCAUGUAGCCCUGGCUGUCCUGGAACUCACUCUAUAGACCAGGCUGUCCUCCAACUCAGAGAUCCACCUGCCUCUGUGCCGGGAUUAAAGGUGUGUGCCACCGACGCCUGGCGAAAUCAUUAAUCAUAAAUGCAUUUUUAUUUUCUUCUAGCUUGUAGCUACCUUUGAUUCACGAUUAUACUUUUUACUAGAGUGUGAUUUAAUGCCCUUUUGAAGGAAAUACUUUUCUCCCAUAUGCUACUGGCAUUCACGUAUUUUAUUUACAUGUGCAUACAGGUUUGAGUAGAGUGGCAUGUUUGUAAUAACUAUCAGUGUGAGCUUUCUAAAUUCCUUUGCUCUUUUAAUGUCUACAUUUCUAAAACUAUUUUCCUCAAGUUCUACUCCAGGCAGAGGUAGGAUUUCCUUUACAUUGGGUGAGAAUACAUCUAGUCUAUUCAACGGAUUCUCUAGAACUCGCUUUGAUUCCUGUCAGUGACCCUUCAGAGAUGGCAGGUGUACUCCUGAUGGGUAGAGUACACUAGUUAAAGAAGCUUUUGUAGUUUUCUAUAAAUGAGAAAGGUAGGUUGGAUCAACUCAAGGUUGUAGUGGAUGAUCAGUUCACCACAUAGUGGGUUUGACUAGACAGUAAAAAUACUAUAAACAGCUUUCCUAUUCCUUUAAAAUAUACAUUAAAAAAUGCCUAGUGUACAUCUGGUUUGUCUUCAACUUCCCCAUAGGACAGUGAGUGUAAAUUCAGUAGCUUUUGUCCACUUUUCUCCCUUCUACAUUGUAUUCAAAUUAGUACCUUUUUAAGAAUGCAUAAUUGUAUUUUUACUUCUUAGAUGAUUGGUUUGAAUAUGAGAUUCUUUUUCUAACACUUUUCUAGGUAAGUUAGUGUAAAUUAAUAUUUUUAUAACACUAUUAGAAUUUUUAUGGAACAUGAUUUAAAACUUAAAUUUUUGGAGUGUUAAUUUAGCAGUAAGUAAAGAUCUUUUUAUCAUGUGCCAAUUCUGACAAGAAAAACAACAACAAAAAGACCUUCCAGUGUAUUAAAUUUACUGCUGUGUUCAAUAAAUUCUAUUUUAAAAUAAAAA